AUGCAUGCAGUCGGUCAAAUCGGGGUCAACUACGGUCGUAUAGCGAACAACCUGCUUCCUCCGUGGCAGGUCGUUCAGUUAUUCCAAUGGUACAACAUCCGUCGCAUGCGCAUUUACGACACUGACCCCGAAACCCUCGACGCCCUCCGAGGCUCCGGAAUCGAGCUCACCGUCGGCGUCCUCCACAACGACCUCGAGUGCCUCGCCACCUCCCAAUCGUGCGCCGACAAGUGGGUCGACACCAACAUACGACCCUACUCGCCCGACAUAUGCUUCACCCACAUCGUGGUCGGCAACGAGGUUAGCCCGACGGACCCACAAACCGCGCGGUUCGCUCGGUUCGUACUCCCGGCCAUGCAAAACAUAUACAGCGCCGUUUCCGACUCGUCGAUCAACGUCACCACCGCCAUCAACAUGAACAUUCUCGAGAAUACCUACCCGCCGGCGGCCGGCGAGUUCCGAGCCGACGUGCGCCCGUUCAUCGACCCGAUCGUUCGGUUCCUCUCCGACACACGGGCCCCGCUUUUCGCGAGCGUGUACCCUUACUUUGCGUACAUCGAAAACCGAGCGAACAUUGACAUUCGGUACGCGCUACUCGACCCGGGAUUCCCGGGGAUCGUUGUCCCCGGCGGCAUUCUUUACCAGAAUCUCUUUUACGCGAUGAUCGAUUCAGUGAUUGCGGCAGUCGAGAAGAGCUUGGCCGUGUCGUCGCCGGAGGCGGCGACUGGCGAAAUUAGGAUGACGUUGGAGGUGAAGAGUAGUGAGAGCGGGUGGUCGAGCUCGAGGAAAAAUAAGCCGCCGGGGUGCAUCACGCCGGAAGAUGAUGACGUGGCGAACAGGAGGAACGCGAGAGCUUACGUGAACAACUUGAUACGGGUCGUCAAGUGUGGGACGCCGAUGAGGCCCGACAGGCCGAUAGAGACGUAUAUAUUUGCGAUGUUUGACGAGAACUUGAAGCCGGGGAACAAGGAGGAGAGGCAUUUCGGAAUGUUUACGCCAAGGGGUCGACUAAAAUACCGAGUCAAUUUUGACUAA